AUGUCGGAUGUGUCGAACUCUUUCUCAGCUUGGGAGACCCUGCCGGAGGACGAACCUCCGCUGUGCAUCGCAGUUCGACGACCAGAGUCACCUCCACGCCACUGUGAGGCGGUAAACCGAUUUGACGCAAGAGAUGAAUGGCCAGAAUGCUUCUCAAUUGGUACCAUCCGGGACCAGUCAAGUUGUGGUUCCUGCUGGGCUGUUUCUGCCGCCGAAGCAAUGAGUGAUCGUCUAUGUAUACAGUCUGGUGGCAGAAUAAAGGUAGAAAUUUCCGAGACCGAUAUUCUUGCAUGUUGCCCAAGGCCCCUGUGUGGACUUGGAUGUAACGGAGGUUGGUCUUUUGAAUCGUGGAACUUUAUGGUGACGCACGGAGUUUGCACUGGAGGGAAAUACAGACAAAAGGGUGUUUGUAAGCCAUACCCUUUCCAUCCAUGUGGCUUCAAACCUAACCAGACAUAUUAUGGCGAUUGCCCAGGUCGACUUUGGGCAACACCAAAAUGUACGGAUUUUUGCAAUCGCGGAUAUGUUAAACCAUACGAAGAGGACAAAUAUUACGCCACCUCUGCAUAUGUCGUUGCAAAUGAUGAGAAGACUAUUCGAAAGGAAAUCAUGAAGUACGGGCCUGUGCAAGCAGUCUUUUACACAUACGAGGACUUCGGAUUUUAUGAUGGUGGAAUUUAUGUUCAAACAGCUGGCCAAGAAACGGGUGCACACGCAGUGAAAAUCAUUGGGUGGGGAGAGGAGAAAGGAGUAAAGUACUGGCUGAUCGCUAAUUCGUGGAACUUCGUCUGGGGAGAGAAAGGUUACUUCCGUAUGAUUCGAGGUAUCAACAACUGCAGUAUUGAGGAAAUGGUCUACGGGGGCAUGAUGAAAAUAGACUGA